AUGAAGCUGGACAGUUCACAGUUCUUGGUAGCUUGCAACGGGUUUGCGGGGGUGCUAAAACCUCACAUCGCAGAGGCCAUCGGCCUUAGGGAGGUUUUAUCUUGGUUGCUCACGAGAUCUAUUGGUAGGGUUCUAGUUGAAAUGGAUUGCCUACGACUGUUUCAAGCUGUAACUACUGGUUUUGAUUCUUAUUCCGAUUGGGCACCAGUGCAAGAAGAGAUUAAACAACUACUUUCUCAAAUACCAUCUAGUGAAUUGGUUUGGGUUAGGAGGCAAGGUAACAAGCCUGCACAUGCUCUUGCUCGUAUGACAUGUUUACAUCCUUGUUUUCGUCUAUGGGACUCCGACUCCCCAAUGUAUUGCAGAUCUUAUUUUUCAUGA